AUGCUGCACCCUGGGUGUCAGCAAGAGGGUAAAUUCACGAAAAAACAACAGCUUCCUCUCCCUGCAGCUUGGUCAAGAAACUCGCGUCCUCAGUCACCACAGGUUCCAUCCCGGAAAUCAACCAAAUCGGUCCAUGGAGAUUUAAAGGGUACGAAAAAGCAUCUCACGGGUAUGCAGAAGGUCGAAAUUGUGAAAUCUAUAUGGCAGGUCAACAUGCCGCUGUUGCAUUCAAACGGUCCUGUGGAUACAGCGAUGGAGUACUUCAACAAAAUUGACUGCCCAAGGAUGGCUGGGGCACGAUUUGAACCGCGCCAGACCAAUUCUCGGUUCUCUCAUCGAGGUGCACACACCAAGAGCUUAUACGGAGAGCGGACGAAGCCCGGCAGGCCUAGAAUUCACAGGAACAUGACCACUGUAAAAUCCGGGCUUUUUCGUGAGCAGCUAUCAACAGUGCGCGGGUCCCAUGUUCCUCUAGCGCACUAUACACAUGUGCCUGCAGCCCCAGAACACCCAGCACAAUUUCCGGAGAGAACACUGGCAAAAAUUAAAACGUCAGGGUUACACCACCCAAAAAUCAAAACGGAAUCCACUUCGCCAGCCCCAAAGGAACAGAUGUGGUCUUAUUCGCUUGAGAGGAAUGUCCCAUCGCCCUUGGCUCGCCACGCCUCUGCCUUGCCUCCGCUUGCUGCCAGCCAAUCGCAAUCCUAUUACUUUAUCCCUGCGAAGAUCGGUCAGUCUUCAGUCUAUGAUCGUUCUCCUUAUCAGAAUUCUCCUGCUUUAGGAUCGGGUGCAUCGACCUCAGGAUUCAGUGCCGGCUUAACACCAAACAUAAAUGGUUUCAUCUCUUCGAGAACCAGCAUUGAGGAUUCUCCGGAUGUAAUAUCCCCUACUAAUACUUCCGAUGGUGUUUCACCUACUCAAGGUUAUGAUCUCAUUUCUCCCAUUUCUGCUGGAGUCUUCGACGACUGUCCGCGUUUGAAGAGAACCCCAACAUUUAUAAAACAACGCUCGAUCAGAGAAUCCCAAAUGAAGCCACUUCCUCCAGCACCGGGUAUGCCUGUCGCUCCUUUGGUGAUCCGCCGUGGCACACUUGUGAAACCUUUGGACAUGCCGCGCCCACAGUCACGGGUGGAUGAACCAGUCUUUCUUCCCCAGAACCCCAAACCUUCCGAUUUGGAUAGCCUCGACGAGGCUUUUCGGCGGUCUGGUCUCCUUGAAGAUGAACACAGCAGGGCUCGUUCUCCAUCUCUGCAAGAGGCCACGGAGCAGCUAGAGAAGCAACUUUCUCGAAUGUCCUCAGCUGCCUCGCUCAUCAAAGAUCUCCCCGACUUUGGCCAAGAAGCUAGCCAGGACAGGGAUUCUAGCACCUCUACUCGCGAAGAGGCCAUGUCCCUGGUUCAGGAUGCGCAUGCCAAGACUCUUCAUACCACCAAAUCACAUUUAGAUGCACUGUCGAGGUUCUCGUCCGUCAAGAAAUCAAGCUCUUACAUCGGGGCUAAGGAUUUCGCUCUCCGCCGUAGCAUUACGCUAUCUGCACAUAACCUCUGUGAAGCGCAGAACAAUGUUCAGCAAUUGAAACACCACCAUUCUUGCGACAAUAUCUCCAAAAUCUCAUUACCUACCUCGUCUCAUUCUCGAAGCAUUUCUCUUGAAAGCUCUCCGCCGGUUUCCUGUGGACCUUUUCGAACAUUAUCAAGACGAGAACCAAGUAUAGAACAUCCUGCUCGUUUACGAUUGCCUCGCAUGCGAGCCACCGAACAUCCAUCGGAGGCCGCCCGCGAACUUGUAAACCUUAGUGUGGUCGUCGAAUCGCCUUGUGAGAGCGAUAAUCGGACCGAUUCUAUGGACGAUCAAGCUUCUUCGUCAACGGCCGAAGACAGGUCACCUGGACCCAGCAGUUCCGAUGCAGAAGAAUCCCACCAACGCCCACCAACACCAGAAGGCCAGCCUUUAGUGGAGCAAAGUCCACCCGAACAGUUGGCCCUGUUUCCAAAGCUGCUUGAGAUCUAUACUGCUUCAUGUGCCCCAUCUCGAGCGUCUAGGGUACCAGAGCAGCCGAUAAAUAAUAUUUCUGCGGUAGCAGCAGAGAAAAUCGUUCUUCGAAUACUUCAAAGCGUUGGUACUCUUGAAGAGCUGUUUAAUCUUGCUGUUCUUAACCGGGCAUUUUACAGUAUAUUCAAGAAAAAUGAAUUACUGCUUAUUAAAGGCACUUUAUUUCGCAUGUCACCUGCUGCCUGGGAACUGCGAGAGAUGAGCCCGCCAUGGGAAGAUGAUGACUAUGAUGUUGGAAUUGUGGACCGACCAGUACCCGAAUAUACUCCCGACCUCUACAUUCGCCAUUACAUGAGAGAUCUGUGUACGAUGGUUUCUUUGAAGUGGCUGAUAUUGGUCCGCUGUGAAUCUCUACUUCGACCGGAGACAAUUCGUGCGUUGGCGGGUCAGGAUGAAGAGCGGUCCGCCGAGGUUGAUGAUGCAUUUUGGAGAGUAUGGACUUUUUGCCGACUCUUUGGUUGUGGAAAGGGCCGCGAAGAGGAUAUCGUUGCUCAGGCAGACUGGCUGAGCGGUGGAAGUCGAGCGCGGUCCCAUAACCGCAACUCAAGCACUCUUCUUACCUGUCCCUUAGCUGUGGACAGCGUUCUUUUUGACCCUCCAUCAGGGUUUGCGGGAGGCAACCAAGGUGGAUUGACGGCGACCCAGUUGUACGAUAUGAUGGAGAUAUGGACUUGUCUGGGCGUCUUGGUCCAAGGCUUUUACGGGAAGAACGAUGAAGCUCGUGAGUACGGCGUGUUCGAUAGCUUGGGCGUUAAAGCGGGAGAUCGUGCUGAAGAGGACGCUUUGCUUGAAAGCUGGACACAAUAUCUCUUGACGCUUGGACCAUCAGCGAUACUCACACUCAGCAGCUUGAACCCGGAUACACCAAUUGAGACUAUGUUCGCCCGUGCGCAGUCACUGGGUUGGACGAAAUGGACCAGCCCCACAAAAGCAAAUAGCGGAUCCAACCGUUCUUUUCUUAAAGAAGCUGUUUCUCGCGUAUAUGAUAAUCGGCUGGUGAGAGGAAAAGAGGUCCCUCGAUUCCAAACUCCGAACCUUCAGCAGUCCCAAUCACCACAAAUCGCACGACCAUCUAGCCCUGGAAGACGACCCAGAUCGUAUUCGGCUGGGGCCAGCAUUCCUAAACAGCGUCGCCGAGAAUUUGCCCGGGAACUUCGUCGGAGAAGACAGGAAAUGAAAGAGCAAGCUCAAAGUAAACUUCUGGCCCAAGAUACUGAAGAACGACCAAUUUCAAAGUUCCAGGAGGUUAUUCAGAGACUCAACGGCUCCCCAUCCAAUCCAACUUCCAGUGAUAGCAGAUCAAAGAUUCUACAGCCCACAUCCGCCCCUUCUAAUCGUAAUCAUACUGCUACACCCACCACUCCUGCUAUUCAUAUCGCUCCCCGUGGCCCCAGCCCUGAGGCCGAAGAAAAGAUUUCCCAAGGCCGUCACCCCUCGCCAGCCCCUUACCAAAGACGCAGCCGAACUCCGGUUCCCACUUUCAUCGACCCCGCCGACAAAGCGCUCCAUAAGCUCGUAUAUGAACUUGGUUUUAACGAAUCGGACGCCAAAUGGGCACUUAAAUGCACCGACACAGGCUUGUCACUGGACGUCGAAGCCGCUAUUGAAUUACUGCUCCCUAAAAGCGGGAUUGGCAGUGACACCGUUGGAGGAUGCGGCCGAGGGUGCACACUAAACGGGCACUCGCCGCCAUCGUGCCCGAAGUUCCAUGUCAAGAAAUCAAGGACGACAGCGGGUACGGGCCUUUUGCACAGGCCUACUUGGAGGUGGGCUUAAUCAGACCUUUUUGUGCUUUGUAUACAUCCGCGUGUUCCACGCUCCUUUUCUUUUGGGCAAACUCUUUCUGUGUAUUUUUCUUGGGUGAUGAUUAUGGCCGUAUAUAUAUUUGAAUGUUUUCGCAUGUUGCAUACUUGCUGAGCGGUCGUUCAUUUUUCUCAUGACUGAUAUCCCUGGUCCUUCCUUUGGUCAAAUUUCUAUGCUGUUGUCGAUCCCUAG